AUGAUAGAACAAUUAACAGACUUAUUUUCUUCAUUCUUGUCGGGCCUUGCGGCAAUGGCGUAUUUACAUAAUUUCUUCGUUUCCGUAAUACUAUAUCGAUCGGGUCAUGCAAAUGUGUCAAAUAUUUUAAAAGUAAUAUUUAAUUUUAGUGGAAUAGCAAGAUCAGUGAUUAUAUAUUCAUCGAUAAUGGUUUCACAAAAUAUCUCUCCUUACCAAUGCUCGGCUUUAACAUAUUUACAAGUUGUGGCAAAUUUUUUUUAUCGACAAGCUUUAAUGGGCUUUUUGUUGUGGAGAUUAAAACAAAUCGAGUAUUCCAUCUGGGAUCGAUGGAUUAGUUUUGGAUUAUUCACCACCAGAACUGUUUUAAACUUUGCAUUCUUUGGUUAUCAAAACCCACAAUCAAUAACUAAAUCAGGAGAUUUUAACCAAACGACUUGCAUUUCAGCUCAUGAGCCUGAAGCACUACCAAUCUAUCUAAGUUUCGUGGGGAUUGAUUUUAUCAUUGACUCAUUCGUAACAGUUCGUUUGGUUCAAAUAUUAACAGAGGGAAAUCGAAGUGCAGCAGAAGCUAAUUCAAUAAUUGGCAGGAAACCUCCAACAAAAAGAACAUUAUUCACCGCCGUUUUGUACUGGAAUUUUUUAAGAUUAACUAUAGAUUUUUUAUAUAAUGCGAUAACCGUUAUUCAAGCUGUUGAAAAUCAAUCAAUCGAUAAUUCGAUAUUGAAUGGUUUCUUGUGUUUUGUGACUAUUGCACAAUCUUAUUUAAUCACAGUUGAUGCGGAAAUCGUUAAAGUUAUCGAGGGUAGUAGUGAAAAUCCUCCAAAUAUUGAAUGGCUAAAUAGUGUAUUAAUUGAUGAUGAUGAGAGAGGAACAGGAACGCGGGACGUACCUUCUUCGUCUUCGUCAACAUCAAGAUCAAUUUCAAUGUGCCCAAAGAUUAUGAAACCAUGGGUACCAUCGACAACUACUGUUACUCGUCGAUCUCAGUAUACACCACCAUCUACAUGGAUAAGAGAAUCCAUGCUUGGCCAACGACAAACUGGUUCUUUUCAACUUGAUAAAGGAAAAAUAGUUGUAGUGUCAAUGCAAAGAUUAUCAUUUUUCGAAUGGGCUAAUAUGGUAACUGGUUCUGAUAAUUAUGGAAUUGUUAAUAAUGACAAUUCUUACAGUGAACAUGAAACUAAACGAAGUAAAACUGACAAAAAUGGUUCGAUUGGCUUUAAUAAUAAUUUUGGAAUGGAUUCGGUUAGGUUAAUGGGUAAUUAUAACUCGUUGGUACCUGAAUCUGCUUAUAUAAGCCAAUCAAGACGUGGUAGUGACACUUCAACAAUGUCAAAUUCUUCUUUACAAACAAAAACCAAUGACACUCAUUUUAUUAAUGAUUUAAAUUAUAAACACUCUUUUAUAUAA